AUGAAGGGAAACAUUGUGGUUGUGGUCAUUUUUGUGCUGCUUCUUGUCACUCAGACCAUCACAGAAGCAAGACACCAUUCCCAACACAAGCAACACCAGCAAGGAUCACAAGUCAAAGAAGAAUCACAGAAGAGAAGAAGCAGAACAAGUAGAAGUAGAGGAAGAGGCAGAGGCAGAAGCAGAGGAGGAUCAAAUUGUGACCCCUUAUUCCAAUACCUAUUUGGAACCUGUAGCCAAUGGCCUUUUCCAACUUCUCCAUCCCCAGACAAUCCAUUUUCACCAGCACCUAGACCGUCUCCUCCUCGCCGGAUUCCGCCACCUUUGCCACCACUAGUCCCUUCUGCUCCCCCAAUCCCCAUCACACCACCACUUGUCCCAUCUCCACCACCACUAGUGCUAUCUCCACCUCCUAUUCUUCCUUCUCCACCACCACUAGUGCUAUCUCCACCUCCUAUUCUCCCUUCCCCACCACCACCCCUCCUCCCUUCCCCAUCACCACCCCCACCACUAAUUCCUUCACCUCCACCACCUUCACCCUCGCCACCACCCCUGUCUCCACCACCACCAUCUCCACCGCCACCUUCACCACCGCCACCCUCUCCACCUCCACCAUCCCCGCCGCCGCCGCCGCCAUUAGUUCCAUCACUGCCACCGCCUUUGCCGCCACCGCCAUUGGUGCCCUCUCCACCACCACCUUUACUCCUCCCCCCACCCAUUCCAAUUAUAGAAACACCAGUGCUUCCAUGGUUACCGCCUCCUGAAGCAGUUCCAGAGUCCCCUGAUUUGCCACCAUUAGUACCUUCCCCUCCAUUUGUUUCCACACCCACCGCACCAGACUUCUUUCUUCCCCCACCUACACCAGAUUUACCACCCCAAGAGUUUACUCCAGCUCCACCCCUUGUCCCAGUCUUUUCUCCACCAAUUGAGCCUCUUUUACCACCUGAACCGCCAUUUUCUUUCACACCGACUCCAACUGAACCAGAUAGUGGAUUGAUUCGACCACCAGAAUUUCCUGUUCCACAGUCACCGAGUCUCUUUCUGCCACCUCCAAUUCCUGAAAAUCCACCGGAACAGCCACUUCCAUUUUCGUCGACACCACCAUCACCGGAUAUAGUCGUCAAUGAGCCUUUCCAGCUUCAACCACCUUCUGAUGAUUCACCUCCGUUUGGGAACUAA